AAUGAUCUUCAAUGAAAAUAACGACUUUAUCCAUUAUCGUCGACCACAGCAAAUUGUUUCAUUAAUACGAACGGAAAUUUUUGCAACGUUGUCCAGUGAGAAUGAAACGAUUGCGAAAGCUAAACAUUUGAAUAAAUUGGAAAAAUUAAUUGAACAAUUUCGCAUCAAUCUUUGUGGAAAUUUUUAUCGCCAACCUUGGAAAGAACAUCGAAAUGAUUUUCGACUUGAGCGUGAAUUUAUUUCGCAACAUAUGCUAGGAUAUUUCAUAUACAACAUGGAUCGAUUUGAACGGAAAAAAAUUGCCGAAAACUAUGUCAAAAUUUUUGUACACAUUAUCACAAAAUAUGCAUAUGGUACCAGGAGACCGUUUCUGGAGAAAUUGGAGAAUAAAAGUCCAUUAUUGUUAAAACGAUUAUUACAUUUCCUGGCUACCGAUCCGGAUAAUUCUAUUUUUGCUGCUAAAAUGUUAUGCUGUUGUUGUCGACAAUUAAAAACAUUAGCAUUGAAAUUGAUUGAUUUUUAUUCAUCAGAUUCUACAACAGCAACAACAAUGUCAACAUCUUCAUUGAUGCCCGUUUACAUUCAAUUAUUAAAAUCAUUGAUCAAUAAUAAUGAUUUUAAUCAUACCGUACAAAUUGUCAAGGUACUCAAUGAACUUUUAUUGACUAAUAUCGAAGUUUCAAUAUAUGCUUUCAAUCGUGAUUUGUAUGUUUUGAUUGAAGUUUUCAAUGAAAUAUUUGCCAGUGACAAAGCCAAUUAUUUUGUUCGAUUAUCGAUGCUAAAGUUGUUUGGACAAUUGAUACAGAAUCGUCAUUUACAGAAAUUAAUACAAACCUAUACGAUUAGUUUGAAUAAUUUUAAAUUAAUAUAUGGAUUGAUGAACAAAGCAGAAAAAGAAAAUCGAAAUGUAGAAUUUACAAAACUUUUCGAAAUCAUUCGAUUAUUUAUUAUGAAUCCAGUGAAUACGGAAGAAAAUACUACAAUGAAACAGAUGUUUAUUGAUGAAUAUAAUUUGUUGAUAAAAUUCAUAGGCAAAGCACAACGUAUUCGAUCAUAUACGGAUAUUGUUUUGUUUACACCAGAAUAUUCAGACGUAAUGGAUCGAUUGAAUAAGAUCUGUAAUCCGAAUAGUGUAACUCGUGAAGAAACAUUCGGUUCGGAACUAAGUAUCAAAAGUUUAAGCUCAUUGAUUUAA